GUCCCUCCCUCUCCCGCUUCAGUCUGUGCACAGGCACCUUCAACAGCACUGCUGUGGUGCUCUGUCCUGGUCAGACUAGGCUACUGUGGUUUUUAUUUGUAGUUCCAUUUUACCCCCAUUAUUUUUCUGUCAUCAUUUGAAAAUGUGUGUGAACAAAAGUCAAGAUUGGUUAACUGGCAACUCAGUGAUUCUCUCCAGUUUUAAUAAUUAUAUUACCUAUGGAUGCUACUGAAGAGGGAAGAUCUUCGAACGUGCAUGAAUUUCUUCAUGGAAGAAUAGGAAGUGAAAAAGUGUUCAGAACUUUGCUUCCUGAUUGAAAACAUCUACCAGUGCAGUGAUAAGUGAUUGUGUUGACUCAUUUCAUUCUUACAAUGGCUCAAGUCAUAUUCAUGGUGUUGUGUGUUAUGGCAGCUAUGAUGAUGCACAGUGGAAGUGCAGAUAGUUCAAAGGAAGUUCUUCCUCCACCCUGUGAUAGUAAUAUUUAUUGUUAUGGUAAAUUGCUGCAUACCAUACAGAUGGCAUCUCUGUAUCAUGAUUCCAAAACUUUUGUUGACAUGAAGAUGAAAUUCACCCAGAAUGAAACUCUCCGACUGUUUGAAGAUAUGAUGUCAAGAUCUCAUGAUAAUCCUUCAAGACUUGAUUUAGAGAGGUUUGUGAAUGAAACCUUUGAUCCACCAGGAAGUGAAUUUGAGUUUUGGGAUCCCUCUGAUUGGAAGCAAAGUCCUGGAUUUCUGAAAAACAUCAGUGACCCUGCAUUUCAAGAGUGGGCAGGUGAUUUAAAUCAUCUGUGGAAGUCUCUCGGUCGCAAGAUGAAGGAAGAUGUCCGAAUCAAUGAAGACCACUAUUCCAUCAUUUAUGUACCUAAUCCAGUGAUUGUUCCGGGUGGCCGCUUCCGUGAGUUUUACUACUGGGAUUCUUACUGGAUUGUGAGGGGUCUUCUUCUUUCAGAAAUGUAUGACACUGUGCGUGGAAUGCUUGGUAACUUUAUAUCCAUUGUUGAAAGAAUUGGCCUUAUUCCUAAUGGUGGGCGCGUUUACUACAAUAGAAGGUCUCAACCCCCAUUACUGACACCUAUGGUUUUGAGUUAUAUAGAGGCUACAAAUGAUUGGAAUUUUGUUAAAGCAAAUAUUGAUACCCUUGAUAAAGAGUUCAAGUUUUGGAUUGAUAAACAUGUUGUUUCGGUGGAAAAGGAUGGAAAGCACUACAGACUUGCUCGUUUCUUAGACUACUCCUCCGGGCCUAGACCUGAAUCUUACAGGGAAGAUAUUCAAAGUGCACAAAUAUUUCAGACAGAAGGUGAAAAGGAAAAUUUCUACAGGCAACUCAAAGCUGGAGCUGAAUCAGGUUGGGAUUUUUCUAGUAGGUGGUUCAUUUUAAAUGGCACAAACAAAGGAAAUUUGACAAAUACCAUGGCAACCAACAUUCUGCCAGUUGAUUUAAAUUCUAUAAUGUAUUGGAAUGCUGUAAUUCUAUCUGACUUCCAUAAAAGACUUAAUAAUGCUAGCCAAGCCCUGUAUUAUGAAGAGGUUGCAAAAGAAUGGCUUGAAGCAGUUGACAAAGUUUUGUGGCAUGAGGAAGUUGGUGCCUGGUUGGAUUAUGAUAUAUUAAAUGAGGUGAAAAGAGAUUAUUUCUAUCCCACAAAUUUAUCACCAUUUUGGACUGGAUGUUUUGACCCUGCCAAGCGAGAUGAUUAUGUUGGCAAAGUACUUAAAUAUCUAGAGAAGACCCGUAUCACAGUCAAUCUUGGAGGAAUCCCAUCAACUUUAGAGCAUUCUGGUGAACAAUGGGACUACCCCAAUGCAUGGCCCCCUCUGCAGUAUAUUAUGAUUAUUGCAUUAGACAAUUCCGGUGAUCCAGCUGCCAAAGAUUUAGCAUAUGAGCUAACGGAAAAAUGGGUUAGAUCUAAUUAUAAGGCCUAUAAUGAUACGCAUGGCAUGUAUGAAAAGUAUGAUGCGACUGUUUUUGGAGGUGGUGGUGGCGGAGGAGAGUAUGAAGUUCAGUUAGGCUUUGGAUGGACAAAUGGAGUCAUUAUGGAGCUGCUGCAGAAGUACGGGGAACGUUUGACUGUUAAAUCAAGAUUUGAAGAGGAACAUCCUCUCGUAUCAGCAGGAGCUGCUGGGGCUGUUGUUGCAAUAUCAGUUGCUGGUCAGGUUCUUACAGCCAUCCUAGCAUUCUUUGUAACACUGGCUGCAGGGUGUGUCGGAAUCACUGUAUACAAAAAGAGGCACCAAUUCAGUAAUGCUCCUGACAGGCAAGCUUUAUUUCCUAAAUUGACUGGAGGGUACAUGGAACUAAGAGACAUGACAUUUGAUUGAAGUUGAUGUAAGCUACACGAGAAGUGAUAUUACUAUGGUUGAUUUGUCCUUUUAAAAGAAAUCUCACAAAAGCCGGUUUUUUGUUAGUUUUCUUUUUACUUCUUUCAUUUUAAUAUUAGCAUGUAUAUUAAGGAGCAGACCUGAAAAAAUUAAAUUAUUUACUUGACUAGUCCCCUGUAGAUCUUAUCUCCUGAGAUGCAGUAUUUGCUCUUUAGUCACGAACAUUAGAAUGCUGUGUCAGAAAGCCCCUUUCUCUGGUUAAUUUAGGUUGUUUUUUUUAAAUGAAAGGUUUAGAGUUAUGCAAGGGUAAACUACGGGAGUGCAAGAUUUAUUUAUAUUUAUAAACAACAUGUUAGUGCUGUGAUCGGCUUUUCCAGAGUGGCCAGGAUAUCCUUAGUUUUGAGAACUUCAACUGUAACUCCUUAUUUUCUUGAAGUAAAAUUUUCUAGUUUUAUAAAUCUAAAUAUGUACAUGCUGUGCCUCACAAUUAUGAAGCUUUUCUACAGCAUUUGUGAUAGAGUAUAGGUUUAUGUUUCACAUAUCACAGUACUCUGGAUCAGCCUCUCCUUGCAAACUUCUAAUCCUCUUUAAUGACCUAUAUUCUAAUCUAAUAGGUAUAUUUUUAUAUAGAGAUAAUGUCAAGGCAGUGGUAUAAGUCUUUCCAUGCAUCGCUGGCUCUUAGUAUCUUCUUCAAACGAUAUUAAUUAUUCAGCCACAACCAAGACAUAAAACUAAACUUUUAUAAUUUUGUUAUACCAAAGUUUCAUUUUCCUUCCCUAGCUCUUCUGUCGUUGGGAAAAGUAGAAAUCAUUUUUCAUGUGAUGAAAAUUCAAUUGUGUGAAAGUUUCUGUUUCCCCUAUUUUUUUUUUCCUUUUGAGUGGGUGGUACAUUGUAACUAUAUUUUGCCUGUUAAAUGUGUGUAAGUGUGUGCAUCUGAUGUUAGAAUGGAGGAAAGGCUCAACUGGGCUAUUUAUGUGAUAUUUCAGUGUGUGUGUUUUUUGUCUGAUGUUCAAGGAAACAUCAGUAAAACUUGACAACUAGUACAAUAUUUUCAUAAAAUUAAUUAAACCACUUCCUAUGAUGCCUUGAACAAAAUUUUAUCUUGUUUCACUGUCAUGGCUUGACUCAUAUCACCUCAACCAAAAAUUACCCAGUUAGUUUUAAUUAUUUUUUGGUGAUCUUAGUGAAUCUGGCUGUUCAAGUCAUUGGUUGCUGUCCAUAGUGUGUGUGUAAAGUGGUAUUUUGUAUGAAUCUGGCAGCUUGGAGCCGGGCAGGUUUGAUAGUCAUCACCUUUGUGUUGAUUGCUUAUGUGAUUCUUAAGGAUAUGUUGUUGAUUUCUUUGAAGUGUGUAUUUUUGAUGCAGUAUUCAUGACUUUAACGUUACUGGCAUACAAGCUAAGCUUAAAGUAGGUUUAGUCAGAAAGACAGAGACUAGGCUGGCAGCAAGUGUAUGAAAUGAGUGUCUUAUCUUUAUGAUUCCUUGAAUUUUUAUUACCUUCCCUUGUAAAUAAUCCCUUUUGAUGUACUUUGUUUUGUCUGAGACAGUGCUAAUGACAAAUGAUAGUGUUAUUGUUGUAAUGAAGACACCAAUAGAUUGAAUUUAAAUUUUUACUCCUUGAAUAUUUGUUUACCUUCACCUUGAGAGGGAAGGCUAAUAUAUGAAAUAAGUACUUGGUGCUUUUCCCAGGGAAACAAUCUAGACUGCCUUUUAUAUUGUAAGAUUUUAAGGGUAUUGGCCCUCCUAUUGUAAAGAAGAGGGCAGAUGUUAUGUGUCAGAAAUUCAUUCUGGUAUUUAUUUGUGUUUCUUCUGUUGAUUGGAAAUGUAUAUUUAUUGAGGUUGACACCACUGUUCAUCAGUUUGAAUGAUGUAGUUUCAGAUUGUUUGACAAAGCAUAUAUGCAUGUGUGUGCAAUAGCCAGUGGCACCUAGCAGAAUAUUGCCCUUGCAGGAUAUUUUCUAUUCAGAAAAGUUUUUGUGUUCCAAUUCCAUGUUAUGAUGUAAAUGAUAUUAUUCCAGUACAAAUUGGGAUGUUUGAGUUGAAUUGAGGAAGAGACAGUUAGUCAGCCAGUCAGGGUGUUUAAUGAUGUCUUAUCUUCCUAUUUUCAACCUGGGCUUGCACAAAUCACUCAACUGAUGUAAGUAUUUUUCUGUAUUGAGAAUGAAUUAUCAAUGAAUUUGGGUAAUAUUACCUCAUACUGGUGCUGACAAUACACCUCUAUGUUUAUUGUUGCCAAUCUUGAUUUCCUUGCUAUUUCAUGUGAAACAUAGGCACAUGUUAAACAUUAUACUCAAUUUCAGUGAUGUUUUCUAUGAAUAUUCAUGAUUUUAAAAUUUUUAAUGGGACUUGCAUUCUUGACUUCUGAUGAUGUGAUCAUAUAAUUUCAGUCAUGUAUAUUUUCUGAGGUACGCUACGCCUUCCAAAACUUUGACAUUUGCCUCAAAAGCAACACUUCUUUGUAUUUCUUUGAUUCUAUUAUUUAUCGUAUCUGCUCAGAAAGACAUUCUUCAUUAUGCAUAAUCAGCGAUUAUAUUGUUAACUUGUUUUAUUUUGAGGUGUACAGUGUGGAAAAAAAUGGUGCAGGCACCCAAGUUUUCCCCCUCUUUCUAGUUUCUAUUUUAAGUGUAAAUGUUUACUAAUUUAAGGUAAUGGUGCCAAAGAGAGUUGUUAUGCUUUGUUACUGAAAUGUAUCAUUUCCCCUGAGAUUGCGCAGUACUUUUUACUGUUUCUUCUUAAUUGCUGCUGUAUCUAUUUGCCUCCUCUUUGCCACCCAGUAACACGAAAAGUUUAAUUUUAUGUUAAAGUUUAAGUUGGUUGUCAUUUACUGCCCUGGAAAGAAUUUUUAUUGUAUACUGAUUUGUUUUACAUGCUCUCUGAAGCUGCAGCAGAGUUAGAAAUCCUGCUGGCUUGUCUUUUAAAAUUGGUGUUACAGGCGGUAUUUAUGAAAUAAAUGUAUAUUUUCAAUUA